AUGGAGACUCACACUCAGCCAGAACCUCAACCUCAGACUCAACCUCAGACUCAACUUCUAAAUCAAAAAGCAAUGGAUCUCCAAUAUCUCUCGCAAGCCCUCGACCUGGCGCGCCUGUCUCCUCCCAAACCAACCAACUUCCGCGUCGGAUGUGUUAUUGUGGCAUUUCCCCUUACUACUAGUAGCGGUGGUAGUGGUGGUGGUAGCAAUAGUAGUGCAUCCGAACCCCAGCUUCAAGUCGGACAUCAAUCUCAAGACGGACAUCAAUCUCAAGUUUCGGCGCAAUCUCAAGUCAUCAAACCACCUUCAAUCCUAUCAACAGGCUACACGCUCGAACUACCCGGAAACACCCACGCCGAGCAGAACGCGCUGGCGAAACUCGCGGCACGCCACAACCUCCCGGAAUCCCAGGUCGGGGAGUGUCCCGAGUUUCUGGAACCUGGGGUUCAAGUGGUGCUGUAUACCACGCUCGAACCGUGUGCGAAGAGGUUGAGUGGGAAUUUGCCUUGCGUUGAGAGGAUUCUUGGGACGAGAAGAAAGACGAGGACGACGAGGACGACGACGAUGGGGAGUCAAGGAGGUGGUAGUGAUGAGGAUACUUCUGGCGGUAUCUCUGUGACUGCUACUCCUACUACUCCUCCUUCUACUGCUACUCCCACUACUCCUCCUUCUACUGCUACUCCCACUACUCAUACCUUCAUCUCUGGUAUCCAUAGAGUCGUCUAUGGUGCCAAAGAACCAGAUACGUUUGUGCAAAAGUCCGUGGCGACACGGGUUCUCGAAGACGCUGGGAUCGAGGUGGAUUAUGUGGGCGAUUUGGAGGACGAGAUUUUGCGUGUUGCUAUGCAGGGACAUGUGCCUGCUAAGGAGGUGGAUGGUGGUACUAGUGGGAAUACUACUACUCCGACUACUGCUGCGAAUGCCAAUUCUACGAGUCAGAGUCAGAACCAGAGUCAAAACCAGAGUCAAAGCACAGGUUCAACUACAACUCAGCACGACCACCACCACACAGAAACUAAUAUCGACGAUAUCACUCCCGAAGAACGCAGACGACAGGAAGCUCUGCCGCGGAAUCCCAAGAAGAGGAUGAUGGAGGUGGAUAUACCUCCCAGGGCAUGA